GCGGAGCAGCCACAGGCCGCAGCGUCUGUAUCCGUGUCGGAAAAACAUGGCGGACCGCCUGACGCAGCUGCAGGACGCCGUGAACUCGCUCGCGGAUCAGUUCUGUAACGCCAUCGGAGUGCUGCAGCAAUGCGGGCCUCCCGCCUCCUUCAGCAACAUCCAGACAGCCAUUAACAAAGACCAGCCCGCGAAUCCCACGGAAGAGUAUGCGCAGCUCUUCGCAGCUCUCAUUGCACGGACAGCAAAAGACAUUGAUGUUCUGAUCGACUCCUUACCCAGUGAAGAAUCAACAGCUGCCUUACAGGCUGCCAGCUUAUAUAAGCUUGAGGAGGAGAACCACGAGGCCGCCACGUGUCUGGAGGAUGUGGUUUACCGGGGAGACACGCUUCUGGAGAAGAUUCAGAGCGCACUUGCGGAUAUCGCACAGUCACAGCUGAAGACCAGGAGCGGCACGCACAGCCAGAUGCUGCCGGACUCAUAGCACCGCACGGCCGUGUGGCUCACCGAGAAACUGUCUGCAGGCCACCAAGAAAUGGGUGUCCCAAUUAAUGUCAGCCUUACCAACAGUUGCAGAAGCAUGCAACAUUAUGAUGCAUUUUACCUUUUCUGUUUUUACUCCUGAUAAUAAGUAAGCUUAUAAAGUUGUGAUUGGACUAGCUUUA